AGGGCGGGGCUAGCUGAGCCCCGGCAGGGCCCGCGCGGGGAGAGUAUGGCCACGCUGUGCAGGCUGCGGGAGGUUCCCCGGCAUUUGCUGGUCUGCGAGAAGUCCAACUUCGGCCACGACAAGUCGCGCCACCGGCAUAUCGUGGAGACGCACUAUUACAAUUACAGGGUUUCCUUUCUGAUUCCUGAAUGUGGGAUACUCUCAAAAGAACUGAAAGACCUGGUCAUGGCGUUUGGACCUUAUUACUCUGUGAAGGAUUUACCUCUUCAUGAGUUAAUCACCCAUGAAUUCAUUAAUACUUUUGUAAAGAAAGGUUCUUGCUCUGCCCUAACGUACAACACGAACAUCGACGAGGAUAACGCUGCCGCCCUCCUGCCCAACGGGAAAUUAAUUUUAUCACUGGAUAAAGACACUUAUGAAGAAACUGGACUUCAGGGUCGUCCGUCUCGGUAUUCUGGCAGGAAAAUCAUGAAAUUUAUCGUUUCCAUUGAUUUGAUGGAUUUAUCCUUUAACCCGGCCUCUAAGAAGUAUGAAAGAGUAUCCUGGGCCUUCAAAGAAAAGAAGCCGUUGAGGUUUGAUUUCCUUUUGGCGUGGCAUCAAACAGGUGCAGAAGAAUCAACGCUGACGUCAUACUUUUCCAGUUACCGAAUUCAGGAGCAUCGGCCAAAAAUAGCAAUGAGCACAGUGGCAGAUCUGCAGUGCCCGGUGCUGCGGGGCAGCGAGCUGGGGGGCCAGCCGGACGCGGCCUGCAGCGCCCUGGAGCUCUUUGACUGGCUGGGCGCUGUCUUCAGCCACGCGGAGCUAAAUAACGAGCCUGACAGUUUCCUAUCAAGCUAUUGCUGUCCUCAGCCAAGCACAGUGGUGGCCAGAGCUUCCUUGUGCACCGUCACCGGGUUCAUCCUUCCAGAGAAGAUAUGCCUCCUGUUGGAACAGCUGUGUCGCUACUUUGAUGAACCAAAGUUGGCUCCGUGGGUGACGCUGGCGGUUCAAGGCUUUGCCGACAGCCCUGUUUCCUGGAGAGAAAACGAGCACGGGUUUCGCAGAGGAGGAGAGCACUUGUACAACUUCGUGAUUUUUAACAAUCGGGACUAUUGGCUUCACAUGGCUGUGGGAGCAGGUGAUGACUGUCCCCCGUAGAAAGUGCAGAAGUUAAGAUCCUGUUUGUUCAUGUGCGUUGUCGUGCUGCUUGAUGGUAAAAGGACCGUGUGUUCACUCAGACGAUGGUGGUGACAUUUCUCCGACGAGCCUCUCUCAGCACCUGCUCCAGACUCGGGCCCAUCCUGCGGCUGCAGCCGGGCCUGCUGUCCAGUGAGAGUUCGUGGUUGAUUUGUCCCUUUGGUAGGAGCCCACGUAGGGUUACUGCCUGGUGCCCUGGGCCAGGAGGAUCAGGGGUCAGGUUUCACGGGACCAUUGGGUAAGAGGGACUCAGGCUCCUGCUUGUAACCUCUUUGCAUAAUAAUACAAAGAAAUCCUUCUGUCCUGCUUGCCAGAGCCUGUUCCUGCUGUGAGUGCUGUUCAUCUUUGACCCUGUUUAAUUCUCACAUCAGAGGGAACAAGCGCAGAGGGUGCGUAAGCUUCCCGAGGCCACCCUUGCUCGUGGGUCCGAGAUCAGUCCCAGGCCAGCUGGUUCCUGAGUGUGUGUUCUCACUCUCCUUAUUCUGGGUCAGGAGAGAGAUUUGGAAUCUGCGUAUAUUAAGGAACAAGUUGAAAGAAUUUCUUCCCCAGCAGCAUGGCUCACUUCCAGCAUGGCUGGAAUUUUUUUCCCAGCUAAAAGCGACGAAAACUUCUGGAAUACCUUGUAUCAAGAAUCAUCUUUUAAAAUGUAUCAACGAGCUGCAGAAUAAUUAAGAAUUCUCAAAGGCUGUGUAAUUUUUAUUUGGCCAUAUGGAGUUAAAUUAGAAAUCAAUAGCAAAAAGAUCCUUGAAACCCUCCCCCCAAAGCCCCCAAUAUAUGGGAACAAAAUAAAAUAACUCAUAAGUCCAUAAAUCCAAAGAGAAA